AUGUGACUGGAUCUAGACGUCUUUGUCUCACCUAACAUGAUGGAAUCUGGUCUGUCACCUUUCACAGACGUCCCCAUCAACACCAACUACAGCAACAAGAGUUGGAGUAGCCUCUCGAGGCAUAAUCACACCCGGACCCUUCGUAACCCCUUCCAAUACGCCCUUCUGGGGGUGUCGCUGGGGCUCCUUUCGCUUCUCACCAUCAUAAUGAACCUGCUUGUCCUCUACGCCGUGAAGAAGGAAAAGAGUCUCCACACCGUAGGGAAUCUGUACAUCGUCAGUCUCUCUGUGGCUGAUCUGAUCGUGGGGGCCACAGUCAUGCCGCUGAACUUGAUGUAUCUGUUGGAGGAUGAGUGGAAGCUGGGACGGGCUGUGUGCCAGUUCUGGUUGAUUAUGGACUAUGUGGCGAGCACAGCUUCCAUCUUCAGCUUAUUCAUCCUGUGUUUGGAUCGGUAUCGCUCGGUCAGACAACCGCUCAAAUACCUGAAAUAUCGAACACGAGGAAAAGCUAGUGUUAUGAUCUCCGGAGCCUGGCUCCUGUCACUGAUGUGGAUCAUUCCUAUUUUGGGGUGGAGGUCUUUCACCCAUGUAGACCUUAAACCUGAAGAGGAGAACAAGUGUGACACAGACUUUCGUUUUGUCACGUGGUUCAAAGUCAUCACCGCAGUUUUCAACUUCUACGUGCCCUCGAUUUUGAUGCUGUGGUUUUACACGCACAUCUACUUGGCUGUAAGGCAGCACCUACGAGACAGAGAGAGAAUAAUUCACCCAGCAGAUUCAUUUGGGGAAAAUGAAAAUGGAGGAAAUGCUCAAAGUCCGAAGAACAGCCACUCCAAAUCACCUAAUAGGGAAAAUGACUCCUCGAUGAAAACAUCAAAAAAGGAACGACUGCUGGACCAGAAUACUCUUGACCAGACAUACUCCCUUGAAGAUGCUGAUAAAAGCAAAGCUGCUCCAUUUAGAGCUCACAGGAAAAUAGGUGUAAAGUGCCAGCAGACGUCACUGCUUACCAUGACAACAAAACGGCUAAGAAUGGCACGCAAAGCAAAAACAUGCUCUCUGUCUCCUGAAGAGCGGCAGGCAGACGCUGAGCCUCCCCUGAGCCAACCGUCAGCGCCACAGGAUACGGCAUGCUCAGGUGGAAACAGCGAGGGCAAACUUCAAGCUUCUUUAAAUGAAUGUCACGUCACUGUGACAAACUCUGUGAGCAGAGUGUGUGGUGGCAGCCAGGUGUCAGACGUUCAGAGAUACACAUCUGUUCUCUACAACAGCUAUGACCCAAGUCAAGCUCUGCCGUGGCCCGAGGAAGGCGCUGAAGAUGCUGAAAUAGACCCAGAUAACGCAGUGACUCUGAAACAAGCAUGGCACCGAUUUAUUGACCAAUCACGGCACAGGCUUCAGAGUCUGCGCAUUCAUAAGGAGCACAAAGCAGCCAAGCAGUUAGGUUUUAUAAUUGCUGCUUUCUUACUGUGUUGGAUACCUUACUUCAUUGUGUUUAUGGUGAUGGCGUUCUGCCCAGAGUGCGUACAUCACGAUCUUCACAUGUUCACCAUUUGGCUCGGUUACAUCAACUCCACUCUGAACCCCUUUAUAUAUCCGCUCUGCAACGGCAACUUCAAACGUGUCUUCAGGAAUAUUCUUAAGGUUAAUUGGUGA